UGUGCGGUGGUCUUUACAAACAUCCGUGAACAAUUGUUAACUGCAGCGUAUAGAACCGAUUUAUGUAAACGAAUUUAACUUUUAACCAGCAUGAAAUAUCUAUAAAAACAAGGGGUUGCGAGUCGCACCAUCAGUUUCACUUAAAAGUUUAGCCGGAAACCAUAGAAAAUGUUUAAAACCUGGAUAGUUUUAUAUUUGAUUGUUUGCCCGAGUUUGCAGUUCUACUCUCAACAGGUGUCCUCAGCUCCGUUAGGAAAUGCAUUUAAUUUUAAUCCCGAGCAUUUCUUCAACACUUUUGCAAUGCACUAUCCACAAUUAAGCGACUCUUUUAAGGAGGUUCUCACCUCGGGAAAUAAUGUUUUAACCCAAUUUUCCUCAAUUGCGGACUCACUGUUUGGGAACAUCAAUUUACUUCAGAAUUUUAUCGAUGAAUUCGUGGACACGUCAUCUGAUGCUGAUUCUAAGAGUGAAACUGAUCUGAUAAUGAAGUUGUUUGAAGAAUUGCUGAAUGUUUAUGAUGACUCAUCAGAGGAGUUUUAAAUAUUUGAGACACCAAUGAAUCCACAAAAAAGUGUUGACGUGGCUGAUUUGUUUGGGUUAAAAUAAAAGCAUAAAGUGUUAAUUAACGCUGAAACGAAUUUUUGAGUUAAAGGAAAAUAUCCUAUGAGUUUAUGGUGUGACUUAGUUAUUCUUAAAAUACUUAUUGGUAAAAUAUGGCGGAAAAAAUGUUACGUAUUAAAAAAUUUGCCUA